AUGUUAAAUAUUUGCGAACGGGGUCCCGGUGUUCGACAGAGACCUGCCGGAUUUGUCCAAAACUUUCAUGAGCUCCGAGACCAAUGUUUAAUACAAAAAAAACAAUUCACAGAUCCAGAAUUUGAUACAUACGAUUUACCUCUAUUUUAUGAUAUCCCAAAAGAUGGGUUUCAGUGGCGAAGACCAAAAGAAAUCACGGAAGAUCCCAAAUUUUUUGUGCAAGGGGCCUCAAGAUUUGAUGUAAGACAAGGACAAUUAGGUGACUGUUGGUUAUUAGCCGCCAUAGCAAGUAUGACUUUGAACAAAAAUGUCUUUUCUAAUGUUGUGCCAAAUGACCAAGGAUUUGAUAAUAAUACAUACGCUGGUAUAUUCCACUUUAAAUUUUGGCAGAAUGGCUACUGGGUUGAAGUGGUUAUUGACGAUCGUUUACCGACUCAUAGAGGCAAAUUAUUAUUUGUUCAAUCAUCAACCAAAGAUGAAUUCUGGAGUGCUCUGUUAGAGAAAGCUUAUGCAAAGAUUCACGGUUCAUACGAAGCUUUGCACGGAGGUAAUGCAGAAGUGGCUAUGCGAGAUUUCACUGGAGGAAUUUCAGAAAUGUAUAAACUAGAUAAAGUACCAACUAAUUUAUUCACGAUUAUGCUAAAAUCUUUUCAACGACAAUCACUCAUGUGUGGUUCAAUAUACAAGGACAAAUUGCCUGAUCCAAAAAAAAAAGGGUUAAGAACAGGUCAUGCAUAUAGUAUUACCAGGAUAUCUUAUAUACCUUUACCAAUGAGCAAUAGUAUAAUACCUCUGAUUAGACUUCGAAAUCCUUGGGGUAAUUGUAGCGAAUGGAACGGCCGUUGGAGUGACAAUUCAGAUGAGUGGUUAAAUAUACCUCAACAAUUAAAACAAUCAAUAGGUCUUAUAAAAGAAGACGAUGGAGAGUUUUGGAUGUCAUUUGAAGAUUUUGUCAAAUAUUUCUCUGCAUUGAAAAUUUGUCAUUUGGCUUCUGAACAUCUUGACAGGGAAGCACACGUGACAGACGGUGAAAAAAAAAGGGAUUUAAGUAUAUUAGAAGGUGCAUGGGUCCGAGGCUCAACAGCCGGUGGAUGUGAUAAAUUUCAAGAAACGUUUUCGAGUAAUCCUCAGUACUAUAUAACAUUAGAAGAUCCCGACGAUAAUGACAAUAACAAUAUGUGUACCGUAAUUAUUGCAUUAAUGCUCAAGGACACUCGACGCCAACAGAAACAGAAAGAUAAAUCAUUGUCAUUUGGAUUUUAUGUUUAUAAUCUCAACAUUUCAAAGUCUGUGCCGAAACCGUUGGACACACAUUUUUUUGAAAAUAACGAUCCUUUAGAUAGAGUCCAUUGUUCUGAGUUCAAACCAAGAGAAGUCUGUAAAAGAUUGAGUGUACCUCCUGGUAAAUAUUGUAUUGUACCUUACUCGUCUAAUCAGAAUGAACAAGGUGCGUUUUUACUCAGAGUAUUUUCAGAAAAAAAAAAUAAUUUGGCGGAGUUCGACAAUGAAGUAGGAAUGGUUGAAAUUGAUGAUAAGAUAAAAAAAUUGGCACUUUACAGCAAAAAAAAUUAUGAUUCAAAUGAAAAAUUAAAAAAAUACUUCCUUAAAGUAGCUGGGAAUGACAAAGAGGUUGAUUGGAUGGAUCUUAAAAAUAUUUUGGAUUUUGCUAUGAAAGAUACUGGAAACACAAAAUUCUCGAAUGAUGUAUGUCGUUGCUUCAUUGCUAUGAUGGAUUGGGAUAGAUCAGGUAAACUUGGUUUUAAAGAAUUCGAGAGACUGUUGAUGGCCAUUAGACAGUGGAUGGUGAUUUUUAAAACUUACGAUAAAAAGAACAAGGGUUAUAUCAAAGGAUUCGAACUAAGACCAGCAUUAAGUUCAGUUGGUUACAAUAUUAAAACACGUACCAUAAACACUAUGUGUCAUCGGUAUGCAAAUAAAAAAGGAUACAUAAACUUCGAUGAUUUCAUCAUGUGUGCUAUAAGACUUAAAACCACAAUAGAUAUAUUUAAAGAACGUGACUCUGAAAAUAAAAAUGUUGCUUCAUUUACAUUGGAAGAAUGGGUUGAAAAAACAUUUUACUCGUAA